AUGCCCCAGGGGCCGCCGCCUACAAGUUGGUGUCGCUCUCUCGAGGGCGCCGCAUCGCUCAGACCGCUCUUUUUCUUCUUCUUCUUCUUCACUUCUUUUGCUUCUGCUUUUUGCCUGAGUCCUUCUGUUGAAGGGCAAGUUCCGCAACAUCUUGGGAAGUCCCUGGGGGCGGUUUCCGGGCUGCAGCAGCAGCAGCGCAGCAGCAGCAGCAGCAGCCGCAGCAGCAGCGGCUGCCGCGCCGCCGCGCAAACUGCAGCGCCAGCAGCAGCUUUGCGGUGUACAGACACCUCAACUGCAGCAGCAGCGACACCAGCAGAGACGCUAUGCGGCAUCGGGUCUUGGCCCCGCUUCACCUCAGCAGCAACACCAGCAGCAACAGCAGCAGCAGCAGCAACAGCAGCAGCAACAACAGCAGCAGCAGCAGCAACAGCAACUGCCACCAUGGCCUGCAGGCCCCUGCUGACCGAGGAAGACCUAUACAGGUUCCGUACAAAGAACUGCAGGCGGCUCUCUAGCGGGGGCUGUGAAUUCGGACUCUCGCGGUGCCAGUACUCGCACAACACGCAGUGGAACCGCCGCUGUCCAGUUUAUGUUUCGGACAAUUCUUUCUUGAGAUAUGUUCAUUUGGUUUGCCCGGACGUGCAGUUGAGUGAAGAGCCAGAGGGGGUUUUCGAAACCCUAAACCCUAAAUCAGGGUUUGACGCCCCCACCAAAGACUCCCCAGCCGCGUCCACCUGCAAACGCGGCUGGGAAUGCCCCUUCGCACACUCCAGAGAAGAAGCUCUUUACCACCCGCUCGUCUACAAAACGGUGCAGUGCCAGCGCUACUUGCGAGGCAGCUGUUCAGUUUAUUACUGUCCUUUCAUUCACGGACUUGCAGAAAGAAGACACCCCAAACCCUACAGACUUCCCUUCACUGCAGGCAUCGCCAGUGAGCUCCCUGCUGCUGCUGCUGCUGCUGGUGCUGCUGCUGCUGCUGCUGCUGCUGCUGUGGCUGCGGGUGCGGGUGCUGCUGCGGGUGCUGCAGCUGGUGCGGCUGCGGGGGCUGCAGCUGCUGAGGCUGCUGCAGCUGAUGUCCCUAAAUUGCCGAACGUCAUCGUAGUGCCUCAUAUUGCAAAGAGCAGCAAAGUUCCGUUCCAACAAGGCGGCCGCUGCGAAGGCUCGGCGUCGGUUGGCGUUUGCAGCAGCAGCAGCAGCAACAGCAGCCACAGCAGCAACAGCAGCAGCAGCAAAACGCGAAGCAGCAAGCGGGACUCUCCCGUUUGUUCUUUGUCUCCCCCUUCAACUACUUUUUCAGAUU